GACGAGUUGCCACUUAAGAAAAUGAACAGAUCUCAGGAAGCUUCAGCUUCUGUUUACACUGUUCUAAAUUUAGAAACGAUAUCUGUAAUAUCCUUUGGAGAUAUCAGAUGCUGAAGAUUAUGAGAAUUUUAGAACCAACGGAUAAUAACAUCGUUUCGACUAUCGGAUCAUGGCACAGCUCUUUACCAUUGUUAGCGGUCGGUUCCUUCAAUCAAGAAAAAGGAGGCUUUGUCACAAUCUUCCAAGAAAAUGGUCAGAUGCUCGAAGGAUGUGAUUGGCCAGUCCUUGCAGCUAACCAAGUGACUGCUUUAGCAUGGCAUCCAUCCAGACGCCUUCUUGUAGUGGGCUGGGAUGGUGGAGAACUUUACAUCUGGCUGGAAUAUUCUUGGGCACGUUUAGAAGCACCCCACAAUGCUGCUUUAACUACAGUUACAUUCAGUUCUGGUGGAGGUCGACUGUUAGCGUCAGACGCGACUGGCUCAUUAUCUGGUUGGCAGUCAAGUUCAGGCGCCCCUUUGACUGCUUUCCACCAUCAGUUAGGAGAUGUCAUUACGCAUGUAAAGUUUUGUGCACCGCUUCAAACGUCUGAAACUUCUAUAAGAGGUCUAGCACGAGCAGCAGUAGCUGGCGAUGAAAACGCAUUGGAUGUUUUGGCUGCGUGGAGACCUCGUACAACUGCCAGAAUGAGAGAAGGAUACCAGCCUGAUAAUCAUGCUUGUUUUGCUGCUCAAGAUAAUGGUGUAAUUUUGUAUAUUGACCAUGCGGGAUCUUGUUCAGAAGUUCUGAAUGCACCAGGAGUAAUUGUAUUUUUGGAUAUAAUUAGUCACAUUUAUCUUCUUGUAGCAUGGGAAUCCGCUGGAGCACUCAGUUUAUCCAGAUUCCUUAUAUCGGAUGAUGGAUCACUUACAACAGAUACUCAUGUAAGAAUGUCUUCAAAGAAUGGACAAAGUAUAGUUUUAGCUGGAAAUUUUUCAGUUGCAGUUAUAACUGGUGAUAAAGUUAUAAGAGUAUGGGACAGUGAAAAUGGCGAAAAUGAUGUUUUACCUAAUGAGGCUGAAGAAAUUGCCUCUGGAGAAACAUUUACAAGUAUAAGUUAUUGUAAUUUAAGCGAUACACUAUGUUGCGGAACUUCGUUAGGCAAUCUAUACCUUUGGAGACGUGAUCAUAAGAAUAAUUGGAAAUUAUUAAGCAGAACUACAGUUAAAGGAACAGUAAAACAAGUUUGUUGGGGAUCUGAGGGUUUAAUGAACCCACUUCUACAUGUAAACUGUAUUACAAAUGCAUAUAUUUUGUCUGAGCAACAUGUUUGUUGGGGAUAUUCUCCAAAAUUAUUUAUGGUUCAAAAAGCAGCUAAUGAGAUUAAUAUUAUGGGCAAGGAUAACGCAACUUCUACUAUAAGUUCUACUCUUACUAUUAAAACCUUUGUAUAUAAAGACAUCUAUGUAGCUUUGAGUGAUGGGAAUGAAGUUCAAAUAUGGAUGUGCCACAAAGAGGAUGUUAUACAAUUUUCACAUAUCCGAACUUUUGCGUGGAAGACUAGUGCCCUUUUUAUGUACAAUGAAAUGUUGGUUGGAAUAGCAAAUCCUCAUAUAGAAUGUUAUUCAAUAUUAGGAACUAAAUUAGGCAUUCUGCCAUGUUCUGAAGGAGAGGGAGAACCCAUUGCUGUUACAAAUACAAAUAGAUUUAUUGUAGUUGCAACCAUUGAUGGUGUUCUAAAGCUAGCUGAAAUAACAAAGAAAGGCUUGAGAAUGCCCUAUCCACCUAAAAAUUGUUAUCAAAUAUUUGAAGACUUCGGAGAAAUCAUGAGAGCAUCUGUAAAUUCAAAUGGAAAUUACAUUUGUUUGAGUAUAGCUAAUGCAGGUUUAGCGCCAGAUCCUAAAAUAUAUCUAUGGGAUGUUGCUAACGAUAAAAUAAGUAAUACUUUGCUCUCUGAUUCCAGAACAACUCCAUAUCAAAGUGUACCUAUUACAAUUCUGUGGGACAAUUUCGAUUCUCGUUUAGUUGCAGUUCAUAUGCGCUCUGUUGACUUUGAUCGAAUUCAUUUAUUUUUCUGUCAUGAAGGCGUGCUUCAUGAAUACAAGAAUUGGUGUCCAGCUUCAGAAAAUUAUCUAUCUGAUUUUAUCAUGUGCUCGAUACAUUCACCAUAUGUUGUAAUUUUAUCUCAUCAAAAUAUGCAUAAGAUUCUAUUAAAGGAAUUCGAAGAACCUUCAGAUCAUGAUAGCAACAAAAUAAAGGAGGUUUUAAAUUUUCUGUUUUAUAUGUGUACAGGUUUCUUAGAAAAAGCUGUUAUAAUAGGGACUAAUAUAAAUGGACCUAAAAGUUCAGUUAUAUGGGAUAGUUUAGCUAAAGAAUGCGUACUUCGCAAAAGAGCCGAUGUCGGUGCAGUUUGUCUAAGUAAAAUGGGGAAUAUAAAAGGAGCAAUGAUGAUGCGUAAAGUUAUGCAGGAUGAUAAUAUGGAUGAAACAUCCAAAGUUGGAGUACUUGCUGUUAAUUUAGGCAUGAUCGAUGAAGCUCAUAAAUUAUUCCGAGAGAGUCAAAGACUUGACCUUGUUACACGGCUUAUAUCUGCUCGGGAAGGUGGAUUGAAUGAAAUAAUCAAUGAGGAGACCUUAGGUGAAAAUAUACUUUUGGUAAAAAGUGCUCAGCAUAGAUUAGCAAAGAUUAUGUGGAUGAAUGGAGAUACAAGUGAGUCUCUUAAAUUAUUCGAAAAAGCAGGUACUCUUGUCCCCCAUGUUCCUAGAAUGCUUAUAGCGCAGGGCCAGGCGCCAAUGCUGGCCCAGUAUGUUUCAACAUCCAAAGAUGCUGGUUUGAUAACGUGGUGGGGUCACUAUCUUGAAAGUAUAGGUGAUCUGGAUGGGGCGUUGGAAGCAUACGCUCGGGCAAAUGAUUAUGGUGAACAAACAAGAUUGUUAUGUCAUAUGAAUAGACUUGAAGAAGCUGAAAAGCUUUCUCAGAAAAAUUCUUCAUCACUGUAUCAAAUGGCUCGCUACCUGGAAGCAAAUACGAAUGAAACUGAAAAAGUCGUAAAGAUGUAUAUAAAAUGUGGUGCUAUCGCAUCAGCUAUUAGAAUUGCCGCCGAAACAAGUUCAUGGAAUUUGGUUUGGAGAGCUGGAUCAUCAUCAACGAAACAUGCACUUUACGCAGCGUCCAUUUUAGAAAAUGCAGGCCAGACAGAGCAAGCCAUAGCUUUAUAUCAAAAGUCGGGAAAACCCCAUAUGGCAUUAAAACUAGCAAUGAGUUCCGGAGACACGAAUGCGAUUGUUGCCGCUGUAGAAUCAUUGGGAGAUCGAGUUGACCCAGAAUUAGCGUGCACACUCGCUACGCAUCUUAAGAAAAGUGAUCACCACCCACAAGCAGCGGCUUUGCUAGCUACUGCUGGAAAAUAUGAGGAGGCGUUAGAAAUAGUAGAAGAAUCAUCCGCACCGCUAUCUGAAGAGCUGAGUGAGCGUCUCGCAGCUCCAGCGGGUACCACUGGUCGUGAUGUGUUGUUGCGUCGUUUAGCUGACGUUCUUGGCGCAAGGGGGCUGUACCAUCAAGCUGCUAAACGACUGGCUAAUAUAGGAGACAAGGCGGGUGCGAUGCGUUGGUUGAUUCGAUCAGGGGACGCGGAACGUAUCGCGACAUUUGCAGCCGCCAGCCGCGAUAGAACUGCGCAGUUGAUGGCGGCUGACUACUUGCGGCGGAGGGCUCCGUGGCGGACACGACCAGAUCUCACUAGACACAUCCUGCACUUCUAUACCAGAGCAAAAGCGUAUGGGAAACUCGCUUCGUUUUACGCGGAAUGCGCUAAGAUGGAAAUUGACGAGUAUGAGAAUUAUGAAAAAGGAUUGGAUGCGCUUAAAGAAGCAACGCGAUGUAUAGCAAAGUCCACGGAUCCUGAAAUGAAUGCUCAAUUAAUAGCUUUACAAGAACAGAGUGCUCUAGUAAAGCGGUUCAUUGAUGUGAAAAAAUCCUUGCAAGGUAGCGACGUUAAUGAAGGUGUAACAAGUGGACAACAAUUAAUACGAGCUGUUAGUGGAAGACCUGGACUGAUAAAUCAAGAGAAAAUAUUGAAAAUGCUACUUUUGCAUGCACCUUCUCACCCAGAAGUUGAAAGACUGGAACAGCAACUAAAAACGUUACAAAUACAGCCACAAGACGAGAACUCGAGAUCAGAGUCUCCUGAUCAAAGUGUCGAAGAAGUUAUUUAAAAAUAAAUGUUAUUAGAAAUACAAUGAGUUAAGUUAUA